AUGGAACGAAAUUUGGAGGAGGCUCUGGAGCAGACAGAUGAUAUUAUUGAAGUCUCAAGUCUCCAGCAACAGCCCCCUCCAGUGACACCCACAUCUAGUGGGGAAAAAUCUCUUCAGGAAAAACUGUAUGAAAUUUAUAUGGAGGAAUGUAAGAAGGAGCCUGAAGCAGAGGGCCUUCAAAACAAUGUCAACUUGCUAGAGAAGCUUAUGAAGAGAGAGGCGUUGCCGUGUUUAGUGGUCAACCUGUAUGCAGAAAAUCAGGGCUAUUCUCUCCUGCUCAAGGACAAAGAUGGAGCCCUUAUAGAGCCCGUUUCAGUGCCUUAUGUAGGACAGAAACUGCUCGAAUAUUUGGAUGCUGAACAGUUACCUUCUUUUCUGAUUGAUGCCCUGGAAAAGUCCCCUGUGAAUGUGUUUCACCAUGGGUGUGUCAUAGCAGAAAUUCGAGACUUCAGGCCGUUCAGUACUGGCUACCCUCCUGGGGAGCCUGGUGAAGAUCCUACUGCAUCAUCUACUGAGUCUGCUGUCUCAUCUACUGUGUCCUCUCCUGCUUACCAAACUCGUCACAUCCUCUUACGUCCGACGAUGCAGUCACUAGUGAGUGAUGUGGAGUCCAUAACAAGUGACAACCGUCAGUGGACCCAGGAAGAAAAACUUGAACUUGAGAGCCAAAUGAUCUUGGCUACAGCAGAGCCACUGUGUCUGGAACCCUCUGUUUCUGUCACCUCCACGGGCAAUACACUGCUGUUUAAUGAGCAGAAGAUGAACACUGACCCCAUGAGGGAAUGCCUCUCCAGUCCUGAGCAGCCGCUAGAACUGGAGGAAGAAAAGAACAUAUGUACAACUCCUCCUGAUGUUGCAACAAUGAUUGCUUGCAGAAAACGAGCAGAAAUAAAACCAGGUGACCAAUAUGAUCUGAAGAUUGCUGAAGCAGGAAAGUGUGUAGAUACAUGGAAGCAGAGACCCUGUGAACUGGUGGCCCCCUCACAGGUCGAUGUGCAGAAAUAUGCUAAAGGGAAGCAGUCUGUGCCCCAUGAUGACUCAGCAUCAACAUCCUGGCCAGCUCCUGAGGUAAAAUGUGGUGAUGUAUGUGAUAGUAAAGAGGUCAGUCAGUCAUGGGUAGCAAAAUCAAAUGUGACUGAGUCCCUUAGUGACCCAUUUUUCUCUCCUGAAAUAGAGCCACCAACAGAGGGCCCAUGUGAUAGCCAGAUGUGUCUUCCUCAAGUUGCCCCAAGUGAUUGUCCACUUGCUUCUGUAGCUGGGGCAAAGAUUGAGUCUGGGGAGGCAAUGGGUGUGUGCCAAGGGUCUGUCCCAAGCCAGGCUGUGUGUCUAGGCAAAAACCUACAGGGAUCCACUGACUCCAUCUGUCUUGGCCAGCCCUCCCCAGGGAGCGAUGCCAAAUCCCAUUCAGUGACAUCCUCAGUCUCAGAGGUGGGAGAUAAGACCCCAGCUCCACUGUUGACACUGCCCUCCACCUCAGGACGGAGCUCUUCAGCAAUCAGGCCUCCCUUAGUGCUAGUCAGAGGUAGGAAGAUUCUGAGAUUUUCUCCUUAUUCCACAUCAGCUAGCCUGGCUCAGCAAACCUUCUGGGGAAUGAGUGGUGUUAACAACCCUCCUCCAGCUGUCCAGCCUUCGGCCAGCUCAUCAGAGAGCCGUCCAGCCACCCAUGGCACCAGCAGUGCCACUGGCCAAAAUGUCACCAAUGUUUUUGGCCUUACACAGGGAGCCCCUGUUUUGAAGAGUAUUCUGACCCAGGUACAGAGCUUCCCCACUAGUGCCCCAGGAUCUACAGAAACCUCUUCCAGAGGCUUUCUGCCUCCUAGAGGUCAGAUGCCCAGUACCCAGACCAGAGCACCACAGUGCUCUGUGCAAACAUCUGUGAAAGUAUUUGUAAAAAAUACUUCAGGCCCUGUAACUGUCAGGCUUUCACCUAGCUCUGUCAUUUUGCACCCAGAGUCACAAUCACAGGGUCCCCAGCAGCCGCCACAGCAGCCACAGCAGCAGGCACAGCAGCAGCCACAGUCACGGCUGUAUCCACAGCCAGAGCGGCAGCGCCCCCAGCAGCCAGAUUCUUUGUAUGUGUUUAUUUCAAAACGGCAUCAGCCACCUAGGGCUCCUAUCCCUCCACAGCCAAUUCCACUACCUUACCAGUACAACCAGAGAUCAAGCUUUCAGCAAUGGGUAGUGCCAACUCAGCAAACUGGUCUCUUUAACCUUGCUGAGGCCAGGAGGGUUCACCAGUCUCAGGCCACUGUGGUGUGUCGGGUAGGCUCUACCCAGAGUCCUGGGCAGAACCUUCCUUCACAGAGCAUUCAGAACCCUGCAGCUGGGGUAGAACAGCUGCAGGCCCGGGGCCAGAAUGUGCAUCUGAGAUUCGUGCCACGUAUAGUGGCUGUGUCUAGAGCAGCCACUCAGCGUAGUCAUCAGGGGCACACAGGUAGCCAGGACACAGGUGGCCAGGACACAGGUACAGGGAAGGGAGGUCCACCAACCACCCCAAAGUCUUAG